ACUGUGGGAGUUAUUUAUUUAGCCGGUUUUUUAUGUUGAGGAACUUGUUGAGGUCACGCUUUUCCCGCACAAUGUCUUGCUUUUCGCAAGUGAUUAACCCGAUAACGGGCGAAAACUCCUGGCAGGAGCGCGGAGAUGACUACGAUUACCACCUGGAGGUAGCCAACGCGGGAUUCGGCGACAUGCUGCACGACUGGGAGCGCAAUCAAAAGUACUUCGCAGCUCUUAAGAAGACCAUUGGCGGAAUGCGAGCAGCGGGCAGAGAGGUGCAUGUUCUGGACAUCGGCACCGGCACUGGGAUUCUCUCCAUGAUGGCAGUGGCAGCAGGAGCGGAUUCGGUGACCGCCUGCGAAGCCUUCCUGCCCAUGGCCAAUUGUGCGGAGAAGAUUCUGGCCGCCAAUGGAGUCGGCGAUAAGGUGCGGCUCAUCCGAAAGCGUUCCACCGACAUCCACGUGGGUGAGGAUAUGCCGCAAAAAGCCAACCUUCUGGUGGCCGAGCUGCUGGACACGGAACUGAUAGGAGAGGGCGCCAUCGGGAUCUAUAACCAUGCCCAUGCCGAGCUGCUCACCGAGGAUGCCCUCUGUAUUCCCGCCCGCGCCAGGUGCUAUGCCCAGGUGGCCCAAUCUCCGCUGGCGGCGCAGUGGAACAGCUUGAAAACACUGGCCAACUUGGACGGCGAACCUCUACUGCAACCGCCAGAGCAGCUUAAAGGUUGCCAAGGAGAGGCCGGUCUGCACGACGUCCAGUUGUCCCAGCUGCCAAGCUCCGCCUUCCGCCCACUCACCGAUCCCGUGGAGAUUUUCCAGUUUGAUUUUCAGCGUAAACAGGAACGUGAGAAGCAAAGGGAGAAACGACUACAACUCCAAUCUAAGCAACCUGGAGCCGCUGAAAUGGUCUUCUAUUGGUGGGACAUCCAUCUUGAUGAUAGCGGCGACAUACUACUCAGCUGUGCUCCUUACUGGGCGCACCCCGAACUUAAGGAACUGGCAGCCGAGAAGGGGAAGGGUCACCCGCUACCCAAUGUGGUGCCCUGGCGGGAUCACUGGAUGCAGGCCAUUUACUACAUACCUAAGCCCCUGCAACUGCUCGAGGCAGGUAAAUCCUUCCACCUGAGUUGCCAUCACGAUGAGUACUCCCUUUGGUUCGAUGCUCGGGAAGAGGCGCCGACGAAAAGUGUGCGACGUCAUACGUGCUCCUGUGACCUGCACAUGACCUACUCGCGGAGCAGGAUUGGCCAGAUUAACCAGGCGCCUCGAAACAAACGUUACCUGCGGUACUUGGAGGAUAACAUUGAGCCGGGAAAAUCAAAUGUAUUGGUCCUCGGAAACGGCUGCCUGUUGGGUCUGGCGAGUUCUGCUCUGGGAGCUACUUCUGUCCAACUUCACGAACCUCAUCGUUUUUCGCGAAGAUUACUUGAAUCGAUUAUACAGCACAACAAGCUGAAGAAUGUCCAGUUCGUUGAGAAAGUAGAAGAACUUGAAGAUUCGCAGCUGACUGCCCUUACCCACAUCUUUGCGGAGCCCUACUUUCUUAAUGCGAUUCUGCCGUGGGACAACUUUUAUUUUGGCACCUUGCUCAUAAAAAUAAAGGACAGGCUGCUGGAAAACGUGAGGAUUUCGCCUUGUUCAGCACGGAUAUAUGCCCUGCCUGUGGAGUUUUUGGAUCUGCACAAGAUUCGAGCACCUGUUGGCAACUGCGAGGGAUUUGAUCUGCGUUUGUUCGAUGAAAUGGUGGAGAGAUCUGCAGAGCAAGCAGUUUCCCUGGUGGAGGCGCAGCCUCUCUGGGAAUAUCCCUGCCGCGCCCUUUCUGAGCCUCAGGAAGUGCUUAGUGUGGAGUUUAGCAAUUUUAGUAAAGAGCUUGACCUAAAAGGAAGCAUAGAACUGAAACAUCCCGGAACCUGCAAUGGAGUGGCUUUAUGGGUGGACUGGCAGUUGGUCGAUGACAGCAGUCCCAGAUCCGUUGUGAGCAGUGGUCCGAGUGAACCAGUCAUUCCCGGUGACUUUGUAAAGUGGGAUAUGUUCGUACGCCAGGGGGUGCACUUUCCCAGAAAAAGCAAAGAAGUCAACACCCACGUCGAAUGGAGCACGGAUUUUAAACCACUGCUAGGCGAACUGAACUUUAGCUUUAGCCAAAAGAAGCUUUAAAACCCUGUUUGGAAUUUUAGCAUUUAUUCACCAAAAUUUGGACAAAAUUACAACGAGCAAUGAACGUCAGGGUA